UGUUAUAAAAUUAUUAAUGAUAUAGACUACAUUGGAGCACAUGUACCUGCAUCUAGAACAACCCACAAGCAUGUGAGGAACCAGAUCUGGUCCUUGACAUCAUAUUUUGGUGCUCCAAGUUGGUUUAUUACAUAUGCUCCUGCAGAUAUCAAGCAUCCAAUUGCCAUCUAUCUUGCAGACACCAAUGAGAGAAUCUUUCCUGCCAAGCUAUCAGAGAAUGAACGCUUUAGGCUUACCUAG